AUGACACUAUGCAUAAGGCAGAAUAGAUACCAAGCAUUAUAUCCAAAGAUCUACACUGAUGGUUCUGGCACAAACAACGGAAAAGGAUGUGCUAUAAAAAUAUAUCUCAGUGACCAUGAAACAAAAGACUUCAAGUUCCAACUUGACAAAGAGAAUAGCGUUUUUCAGUCGGAAAUGUUCGCGAUUUUGCAGGCAAUCAACGUAAGCACACAUCAUCAUUUUCCAAGGACUCACAUGUAUACAGAUUGUCUCUCGGCAAUGCAUGCACUCGCGAACCCAAAUAAUAGAUCACCAUUAGCUCAGAAAAUUCUUAGAAAGUCCUCCAAUGCCCAAGGCCAACACUUCUUUAUAAUCUGGAUCAAGGCCCAUGUUGGUCAUAAUGGAAAAGAAGAGGCUGACAUAUUAGCCAAGGAGGCAACACAAGGAAUCAAUGCCAAGAAAAUAAGCAUCCUCUGUCCAUCUUCUCACCUCAAACUAAAACUUCAGAUCACAACUAAGGACUUAUGGCAACAAUGGUGGGACGGUGCAAAUACAGGCAGAGGAGUUUACAACCUCUUCCCCAAAGUUGACUCUCCUCCAAUCCAUCUCUCCAGACACAUCACGUGGUUUAUCACGGGGCAUGGUCCCUUUCCCACGUACCUCUAUGCAAGAAAUCUCUCUUCAUCAGACUCCUGUGCAUGUGGUGAAAAAGGUCACCCCGAACAUUAUCUAUUUUCUUGUCCGUUUACAGAUUCCAUUCAUCUAAACAACAAUGUAAUGUAUCAUAGUAAAUUCAUGUAA